CCCCAUGUUCAUCUACGACCUGAACUCAGCUGUGGGUGACGUGGCCUGGGCUCCUUAUUCUUCCACGGUCUUUGCUGCUGUUACCACUGAUGGAAAGGCCCACGUGUUCGACCUGGGCGUCAACAAGUACGAGCCCAUCUGCAGCCAGGCCGUGGUGGCCAAGAAGAAGAACAAAAUCACUCACAUCCAGUUCAACGCCAUCUACCCCAUCGUCAUCAUCGGGGACAACCGUGGCCACAUAACUUGCCUGAAGCUGUCUCCCAAUCUCCGCAAGAUGCCCAAGGAGCAGAAAGGCCAGGAGGUGCAGAAAGGCCCCGAAGUCGGAUCGCCAAGCUGGACAAACUGCUGAACCUGGUGAGAGAGCCGGCGGCCAAAGGCCAGCA